CACAAACCUCAACCAGAUCAAUUCACGGUUGAAUGAAAUAUUUGGGGUUCCUCCUGAAACCACAAUCUUUGGGGGAAUCAACGUUAUCUUCAGUGGUGACCUUCAUCAGAUUCCUGCGGUUCAACAAACUAUGGUGUUUGAGACUAAAGGUAUCGCUGCUCUUGGGCCUAACAUUUGGAAGGAUUCAAUUACAUUUUCUGAGCUAACGGACAUAGUUAGAGCAAAGGGUGACAGUCAGUUCACGGAACUCUGUCACAGGCUUAGGGUAGGAGAGCACACCCCAGAGGAUAUUGAGUUGCUGGGUUCAAGGGUUGUGGAAAAACAGCCUAAACCUGCUGAAAUCAUGGACUCAAUGGUCAUUUAUCCAACCAAUAGGCAGUGCAACAGUCACAAUCAGGAGUGCAUUCAAGAAUUGAGCAAAACCUCUUCAAUAGUUAACGUUGUUGCUCAAGACAGAUUCUCCAAUGAAGUUUUCAACAAAUCUUCCAAUUUUGGCGACAAAGUUUAUGACAAAAUGAACAAGAAACCCCAAGAUUACACGACUGACGAUGUGAACAAAACUGCUGGGUUACCAACUUCAUUAAAUAUUGGUCCAGGAGCUAGGGUCAUGGUGCGUGUUAAUAUCGACACCCCUGACAAAAUUGUAAACGGUGUGACUGGGACUGUCCACAGUUUCCAACUCCAAAAUGGCAAAACUGUCAAGGACGGUUCAUGCAGUGCUAGAGACAUUCGGCACGUUAAUGUUAUGUUCGAUGAUGUUAACGUCGGCAGAACCAUAAAACAUCAUUGUGACAAUUUCUGCGCUAACAAUUGCACCAAGGUUGGCACUGUUCCAAUUAAGCCCGUGGAAAAGGAAUUUAUCUCCAAAAAGAAUAGUAAAACGUGGCUCAAACGCUAUCAAAUUCCAUUGGUUCUCUCUUGGGCCUGCACUGUUCACAAAGUUCAGGGUUUGACUUUGAACAAAGCAUAUGUAUUCCUCGCUGGAGCAUCAAAAGGUCACUCAUGGCAGUCAGGCAUGGCAUACACUGCUAUCUCUAGGUUAACAUCUCUCCUUGGUCUGCACUUCAUAUCUUUUGACCCCAGGCAAAUUCGCACAUCUAAGAAAGUUGUAGAUGAGUAUGCUCGACUACGUGAUGUUCCUAAAUUUUGUGUUGUCCUCCAAGGUAAUAAUGUUCCUGCAGCUACUUGUGAAGAAGUUUUAAUAAUGAGUCCAAUACCAUCUGAUCCCAUCACUCUUCCCUGCAGUAAACCAUGUAAUGUGUCAUCUUCUCCGCACAACACCAUCAUCACCUCGCCUCCUGUAUUAAAACGCCACAUACCUUUUUCUCCAUUAGCGGAUCUUACGAAGAAACAUUUCAAGGCUACCUCAUUAUAUUCUCCGCUCUCUAUGAUGUCUCCACAGCCUUCUACUGGUCUCAAACGUCCUUUACCAAACUCUCCUCAAGUUCCAGCAAGUCCACUUCUAAGUAAACAUCUCAAAACGACAAAGUCUCUUUCUCCUUUAUGCAAUGCAGAUGUGGUCAACAAUCCGGUUAUGCAAAUUCCUACCAGUUAUCCACAAGUUAUCUCUGAAACUGUUGGCAGGGCUCAUGUCAUUGAUUUUUUGGGUCAUCCUCAAUCGGCAGAAACUGCAACUUUAUUACAAUCUUUGGGAUUCUCAGUCAAUGCCUCCUUUGCUAAUAUCCAGGUUAAUUCCAGUUGUGGUUACAUCGCCUCUAGAGUCAUUUCUAAACUGAAGUCCUUCCUUUCGACAGGCCAGUCAUGGUUUAACGCAUCACUAUUCGACUGUAACUAUUGGGGACCCUCGGAUUUUGAGACAGACAUAUGUGCACUAGGUAAUCAUGCUCUUAACAUUUCCGGCACAAGUCCCGUGUUCCUUUCAGAAACUAAUUGCCUUGAUCUUAUUCCUAUUUACUCGCUCCAUUUUCACAAUUUAUUAUUUAUACAUAGAAAUGAUUAUCUUUCCAAUGUAGAACCUCCCCAUAGUAAGUCUACGUUCAAAGCCCGCAUCAUACACCUUUGGGAUAAGUUUAAGUCUAACGCACAGGUCCUUCCCCCAACCUUAUUUAUAGUUAAUACAGACGAUGGUCAUGGCGUUCAUUGGUAUACUGUUAUUUUAGAAAUUGGCUCUGCGCACUCACCAUCUCAUGAAUUGUAAUUUCACCCUCGGCAUUGUGAAUGUUAGCCCUUGCACUUAUAAGUAAUCUUACACUCUAGCUAUCAUUUACUUGCAAUUUCUAACAAUCACGAACACCACUCACCCCAUACCUAUCCUAGAACUUUCACAACACCAUACCAGUGCUGUUGUAACGUGACUUCUUGCGGUGUGAACAGUGUAGUCAGCCUUACAUUCUUACACUCGAGGUUCUGAUUACACAGGAAGUUAGACGUACAACAGGACACUGAAGUUUAAGACACAAGCUAUAACAACAAUUAUAACAUUACAUAUCACUACUACUCUACAAUUUAAUCAACAUUAUCUUAUAUAAUUAUAUCUACGUUAAUUUAUGCUCUCCAUAAUUAACCAAUUUCUAUUAUCAUAUUAGCAAUAAAUGACAUGCACAUACUACAUUUUCCAUUUAACUUGCACUCUAACUUUACAUUUG